AUGCCGGGUGGGUUGAUCAAUAUUUUUAAAUAUUGGUAUGAACACCAAACUAACCGGGUUAGAUGGCUCGGUGAGCUUUCUGACGAGUACAGGUUGGAGUGUGGAGUGAGACAGGGAGGGCUAACUUCUCCUUCUCUCUUCAACUUGUAUGUGAAUAGGUUGAUUGUUGAGCUGAGCGACACAAGGGUCGGCUGCUCGAUUGAUGGUCACUGCAUCAACAGUAUCAGUUAUGCAGAUGACAUGGUAUUGCUAAGCCCAUCAAUCGCAGGUCUCAGAAAACUAAUAGGUGUAUGUGAGAGGUACGCUUUGUCACACGGACUCCUGUACAAUGUUAAAAAGAGCGAGCUCUUGAUCUUUCAAGCUAGGCGUCGUAAGCUGGGAGAUGUGCCACGUGUGCUGCUAAAUGGCGUCGCUCUAGGCAGGGUAAAUGCGUUUAAAUAUCUUGGCCAUGUGGUUACCGAGGAUUUAAAAGACGAUGCUGACAUCGAAAGGGAAAGGAGGGCGAUGGCGGUCCGCUGUAAUAUGCUGGCACGCAGAUUCGCGCGGUGUAGCUUUGGAGUAAAGAUAACUCUCUUUAAAGCCUUUUGCCAAACUCUAUACACUUGCAAUCUGUGGGUCAACUACACGCAGCGGGCCAUCAACGCUCUCCGAAUACAAUAUAAUAACGCAUUCAGGGUGCUGGUGGCGCUCCCGCGCUGCUGUAGUGCGUCUGCGAUGUUUGCCCACGCGCACACGGACGGCUUCCACGCCGUGCUGCGACGUCGCAUCGCCUCACUGAUGCUCCGUACGCGGGGGAGCGCCAACACCAUCCUGAACGUGCUCAGCGAUAAGCCUGACAGCCCCCUUCUGUGGCACUGGUUACAAAUGCAUGUGCCCGGUGCCCCAGAGGGUGGCAGAUACAUGAAUUAA